AUGGUUAUGACCACAAUUAACGUGGAAAAUGAUGUACGACGUCGGUACAAUCGACGAGUAUUUUUUUGCAUUCGAAUUAAGGGAGCUGCCUUGUUACUUGGUUUUUGGGAUCUGUUGAUUCAUUCGGCAGCACUAUGUGCGUUGAUUUUCAUGUUUGGACGAACAUCGCAAUCGAUGCAUAUAGCUCCAUCAACUAAUAAGGAAGUGUCUCAUCAGCUACCCAUGGUGUUGGUUGAUCCUCACGAACAUCCAGUAGUACUUGAAAACAAGAACUUUCUUUCCAGUAAUAUUUUAUUGAACCGUAUUUUGGAGAAACGAGUGGAAAAUCACCCGGAACCACAGAUCAAUGCACGCAAUUUUUAUUCACAUUUGGAUUUUAUGACAUUUAAAUGGGCACAAUCGCUCAGUCAACAAGACAAAUGUGUGGUUUUCUUUGUGAUUUUUUCCGCAACAGUUCUCAUUUUAGCACACAUAUGUGGAAUUUUGACCAAUAAACCGUCAUAUAUCGUUCCAUAUUUCUUAAUCAAAGUAUUCAAUGUCAUCGUAUCCAUUCUGUCAAUGUUAGGUUUCUAUGCAUACUUACCUGACAUCACAGUUUGGCUUCGACUGCAACCCGAAUUUCCUUUCAAGCACUAUCUACUCGAACUCGAUGGUCAAACUCUUCAACUGGUCGUAUUUACUCUUCUUUUAUUCAUUAUUCUCGCUAAACUCUACAUUGCUGCUAUCGUCUGGUACUGUUAUGGAUAUAUAACAGCAUUAAACAUGGCACGCGCUAUCGGCACCAUCACUGCUCAUGGAGAUAGUCCACAACCAAUUCUUGGCGGAAUGUACUCACCACCUAAAUAUGAAGAAGCAAUUAAAGCGAAUCCUCAACAAGAAGAAGAUUACGCACCGCCUCCAUAUACACCUUUACUCUCAUCUUAA